AUGUGCAGAGCGUGGAGUAGGUUCAUCUUUCUGUUGCUGGGCUGUCUGUGGCUGGAUGUCUCUUCUGCACCUCACAGCAUACCACGGGUGGAAACUGAUCCGGAGUUGACAGCGGGAUAUUUUCAGGGUGACAUGGACGACUGGCCUAAUGCCACAGUCUACUACAAAAUUGAUAAGGAGUUUGACGCUCCAUAUGUGGCAUAUAUUGAAAUAGCCAUUAAGUUCAUUGAGCGCGUCUCCUGCAUUAGAUUUCUUCCUGCCACUGAGGAGACCUUGGACUAUGUUCAUAUUAUCGUCUCCAGCUCGGUCUGUAGCUCCAAGGUUGGUUAUCGUGGCGGUGAACAGACAAUCAAAUUAAAACCCGGCACUUUGGAUAGUGGUUGCUUUAAAUUGGGCACCAUUCAACACGAACUACUUCACACCUUGGGCUUCCAUCAUCAACAAUGCUCCCCAAAUCGUGAUGAGUUUGUCCAAAUUGUCGAAGAAAACAUCACCGAGGGCAAGGAGAAUAAUUUUCAAAAGUAUGAGGAAGAUCGUGUGGGUGAUUUUGAUGUGGCCUACGACUACAGCAGCAUUCUCCAUUAUAGCUCAAUGGCCUUCUCUAAAAAUGGAAAGGCAACCAUUGUAGCUGUGAAUCCGGAGGGUCAAAACCAAAUGGGCCAAAGACUUGCUUUAAGUGAUGCUGAUGUGAUUCGCCUCAAUACUAUGUACAAAUGUCCACUGCAGACGUAAAUAAAGUGAUCAUUCUUGAUUUUGAGUAAUUGUAAAAGAAAAAUUGCAAAAAGGAAAGAAAA